CGCCGCCAUUGCAGCCGCAGCUGGCCGUCUGUGAUUCUCGCCCGCGGAGGGACAGACGCGAUCCAGACCCGAACAAAUGUCGGCCGCCACUCGGGCGUGUAUCUGGCUCUCUCCGCCGGAGUAGCGGCGGCGGCGGCAGCGGGAGGAGCGGGGCGGAAGGACGGGUUAAAGAUGGAGGCUUUGUCGCCGCGGGGAGGAGAAAUGUGGAGCCACAGCGCCGAGCCAAAGCAGGUGACUUUCUCGUGGCUCCCCCUCAGCUUUCUCCUGACGGUGCCUCAGCUGUGCAGCGGCCCCGCCUCUCACCAUGAACAUCAGCAGGAACUGCACGGCGGCGGCGGGGAGCGGCGAGGGCCCGGCCGUGCUGGAGGUGGUCUCCAUCGUGACCGUCACCCUGCUGGCCUGCAUGGGGAACCUGCUGAUCGUGGCCACCCUGUACCGCCGGCCCUACCUGCUCACCCCCAGCAACAAGUUUGUGUUCAGCCUGACCCUGUCCAACCUGCUGCUGUCGGCGGUCGUGCUGCCCUUCGUGGCCGUGAGCUCGGCCAAGCGGGAGUGGGUGUUCGGCGUGGUGUGGUGCAACUUCACCGCCCUCCUGUACCUGCUCAUCAGCUCUGCCAGCAUGCUCACGCUCGGCGCCAUCGCCAUUGACAGGUACUACGCGGUGCUGUACCCCAUGAUCUACCCCAUGAGGAUCACGGGGAACCGCGCGGUGGUGGUCAUCGCCUACGUGUGGCUGCACUCCCUGGUGGGCUGCCUGCCCCCGCUGUUCGGCUGGUCCUCCUUCGAGUUCGACUGCUUCAAGUGGACGUGCGUGGCGUCGUGGCACCGGGAGCCCGGCUACACGGCCUUCUGGGUGGCCUGGUGCGUGGCGCCGCCCCUCCUCGUCAUGCUCGCCUGUUACGGCGUCAUCUUCCGCGUCGCCCGCAUGAAGGCCCGCAAGGUCCACUGCGGGACGGUGGUGGUGGCGCAGGACGAGUCGGCGGCGGCGGCGGCCCAGAGGAACGGCCGCAAGAACUCCAGCACCUCCACCUCCUCCAACGGGAGCCGGCGCAGCCUGGUGUACGCCGGCAGCCAGUGCAAGGCCUUCGUCACCAUCCUGGUGGUGAUCGGGACUUUCCUGGUGACCUGGGGGCCGUACGUGGGGGCGGUGUGCGCCGAGGCCCUGUGGGGGCCCGGCAGCGUGUCCCCGGGCCUGGAGACGCUGGUGGCGUGGCUGACGUUCUGCAGCGCCGUGUGCCACCCGCUCAUCUACGGCCUGUGGAACAAGACGGUGAGGAAGGAGCUGCUGGGGAUGUGCUUCGGGGACCGCUACUACCGAGAGUCGUUCGCCACGCGGCAGAGGACGUCCCGGCUCUUCAGCAUCUCCAACAGAAUCACAGACUUGGGCAUGUCGCCUCACCUGACGGCCAUGCUGGCUGGAGGAGGACACCUGCUGGCUCCGGGCAGCAGCACGGGAGACACCGGCUUCAGUUUCACUCAGGACUCGUGCACAGACGUGAUGCUGCUGGAUAACUUCUCCACCGACGGCUCGGCGCUCCUGCAGCACGGCGGGAAUCCGCCCGGGAAGAGGAGGAGCUCGGUCACCUUCGAGGACCAGCUGGAUCAAACCAAAGCCGAGAACCUGUCCUCGGUUCAGGUGCACGCCGACGUGCACAAGUCUCUGGACACGUUCGCCUCCAGCCUGGCGAAGGCCAUCGAGAGCGACGCCAAGCUGACGCUGUUCGGGGAGAGUCUGGCCCCGCCGGGAGGACUCUUCACCAGCAGGGCGGCGCCCAGACCCAGGUACCUGGACGGACAGAGACUGAGGCUGGAGAGCAUCGACGAGGGCAUCGUGAAAGAUGACCGGGAGGAGGAGGAGGAGGAGGAGGAGGAGGAGGAGGACACGGAGGGGGGCCGGGUGGACUCCCCGGACAGUCUGUGAAGGUUUCGCCUCUUUCCCUCGGAGCUGGUUCAGGGCGGUCCGCAGACGCCCGCCGCCUCCAUACUUGAAGUCCUCAUCGUUCACUCCACUGUCGGACCAGGCGCUCGGCAUCAGCGUAUUAAACCCGUGUAACCAAUAGGAAGCCUUAACUACUGUAACCUUAACGGUAUGAUUGUUGUAUUAUUAUAUUAUUAUUGCCGUAUUUAAAAGAGUCCGAGCCUCUCCGGGGCUGGCCGUCUGGAAGGAGUCACAUGAAGAAAACGUUCUCACGAGACGAUGCGCUGAACUCGUGUUCAGUAGCUAUAAUCCGAUCCAUCGUCCAGGUCACAUGACGUGACCCCAUGUCCACCACGGCUGUGUGUCAGAUCGAUUUCACAUCCAGUCUGCAUCGACGGGUGAGUCCCGACGGGAUCCAGGGUCCUGCCGACGGGAUCCAGGGUCCUGCCUUCGGGAUCCAGGGUCCUGCCUUCGGGAUCCAGGGUCCUGCCUUCGGGAUCCAGGGUCCUGCCUUCGGGAUCCAGGGUCCUGCCUUCGGGAUCCAGGGUCCUGCCUUCGGGAUCCAGGGUCCUGCCUUCGGGAUCCGCCUGCAGCUUCGUGUGUGUUUGAAACUCAAGCCGCAGCGCUGAUGAGAGGUUCACUGUUUAGAUUCAGAGAACAACACAGCUGCUUUUUGGUUUCUCCCUUUGUCGACGCACAUCAGUACCGAAUCCCCCCCCCCCCACACACACACAGAUCUACAUCGACGGGCCACUUCUAAAUAUUUAACUCAGGUUUUGAGUUGAGCCCGAAUUCAGAAAAGUCUCAUCAGUCAGAGAAGCGUUGACGUCUGUGGAAAUGUGCAGAGCUGUUCCUCCUGCUCUGUACAUUUCUGUGAACACGCCAGCCUCAGAGGAGACCGCUGAUCCGAGAGCCGUGUUUCUUUCUGUGCCGCUCCGCCCCGGCCUCCACCGCACGGACGGCUCGGACUCUGGAGGUACUCGCCCGCCGAAGCCUCGUUUCCUGUUUAUCUGCAACUGUGGACAAACAGUCCGUUGCACUUCAACACUGGUGUCCUCUGGAUGUUCGUCAGAGGUGAGCGGUACACACCGUCCACAGCAACUCGUGUUGGCAGCGAUUCGCUCAACACCAGAAGAGAGAACUCAACAAGCGGAGGGGGCUGGGGAAGGGCGCCGUGUUCGAGUCCCACAGCAGUCUCCCUGAGGAGCUGUUUGAAGUAGAGCCGCUUCAGUCUUACCUCGUUUUGUUCAUGUUUGAGCAGGUACAACUCCUCGUAAGAAACAGUGAUGUAACCUUUUGAUUUUCACUAUAUAGUUGAGUAUUAAUACAGAUAUUUGGUAAAGUUUUGUAAUAAGAUUCUUCUA